GAUGGUGGUUGCGGUUUAAACUCAUAAAAAGACAUCCUCGUCCACGUACCCUUAUGCCCUUAGGGGAAUCCCAUCACCAUCUUGACGGGCGGUCCAAAUGAUUAGCCAAGCAAGGGAAGUUUGCAACAUAAGCCCCUCAGCACUCGUUUUUAGUCGACUUUGCGAGUGUACAAUUAUGUUCACUCUGGGCCUGAAACUCCACAUAAUUCAAUUUGCGACAAUUGUACAUCCGCUAAGUCAGCCAAAACUUUAAAACAGCAUCAAUGGAGAAGUCAACAUACAAGUAUAAGUAAAAACUAAUGUAAAAAGGUUAGAAAUUGUGCUACUAAUGCACAUAACAGCAUACACACACAUCUCAUAAAAGUAAUGAUGUUUUUGUUUAGUUAGCUUUUGGAAAUUGUAGAAAUAAAACAUGUUCCUUCUUCAGAAGUUCCAGCUAGGCAGGCUAACGUUAGUUAGAUAAUUAAUUUAAUAGCUAUCAUACAGUAGGCGUAAAUUCAUAAUUAUAUAGUCAAUAUAGCAUGCAAUCAUAAUUGACUGUAGCGCAUAUAAAGCACCCACAAGCUACAGUGGCUGAAAACAAUAAUCGCAGGAUGAACAAGUGAGGAAUUUCCGGGCAAGGGCAGUCCGUUUAAAAAUCUUUCCUUCCAGGUGUGAACAACGCAAUAAAUAAGGACACGAGACGAGUUUCAUAUUUUUAACAUAGUCUGUUGUAGAGGUUGACCGAUUAUGAUUUUUCAACGCCGAUACCGAUUAUUGGAGGACCCCAAAAAAAAGAGCCCAUUAAACGUACGAUUAUUUUUAUUUAUUUGUAAUAAUGACAAUUACAACAAUACUGAAUGAACACUUAUUUUAACUUAAUAUAAUACAUUAAUAAAAUCAAUUUAUCCUCAAAUAAAUUAUGAAACAUGUUCAAUUUGGUUUAAAUAAAUGCAAAAACAAAGUGUUGGAGAAUAAAGUAAAAGUGCCAUAUGCGCCAUGUAAGAAAGCUAAUGUUUCAGUUUCUUGCUCAGAACAUGAGAACAUAUGGUGGUUCCUUUUAACACGAGUCUUCAAUAUUCCCAGGUAAGAAGUUUUAGGUUGUAGUUAUUAUAGGAAUUAUAUGACUAUUUCUCUCUAUACCAUUUGUAUUUCAUUAACCUUUAACUAUUGGAUGUUCUUAUAGGCACUUUAGUAUUGCCAGUGUAACAGUAUAGCUCCGUCCCUGUCCUCGCUCCUCCCUUGGCUCGAACCAGGAACACAACGAAAACAGCCACCAUUGAAGCAGCGUUACCCAUGCAGAGCAAGGGGAACAACCACUCCAAGUCUCAGAGCUAGUGACGUUUGAAACGCUAUUAGAGCGCACCCCGCUAACUAGCUAGCCAUUUCACAUUGGUUACACCAGCCUAAUCUCGGGAGUUGAUAGGCUUGAAGUCGUAAACAGCGCAAUGCUUGACGCACAACGAAGAGCUGCUGGCAAAACACACAAAAGUGCUGUUUGAAUAAAUGUUUACGAGCCUGCUGCUGCCUACCACCGCUCAGUCAGACUGCUCUAUCAAAUCAUAGACUUAGUUAUAACAUAAUAACACACAGAAAUACGAGCCUUAGGUCAUUAAUAUGGUAGAAUCCGGAAACUAUCAUCUUGAAAACAAGACGUUUAUUCUUUCAGUGAAAUACGGAACCGUUCCUUAUUUUAUCUAACGGGUGGCAUCCAUUAGUCUAAAUAUUCCUGUUACAUUGCACAACCUUCAAUGUUAUGUCAUAAUUACAUAACAUUCUGGCAAAUUAGGCAGCUCAAACUGUUGCAUAUACAAUGACUGCGUGCAAUGAACGCAAGAGAAGUGACAAUUUCACCUGGUUUUAAUAUUGCCUGCUAACCUGGAUUUCUUUUAGCUAAAUAUGCAGGUUUAAAAAUAUGUACUUCUGUGUAUUGAUUUUAAGAAAGGCAUUGAUGUUCAUGCUUAGGUACACAUUGGAGCAACGAUACGCACCGCAAGACAUGCUAGAUAAACUAGUAAUAUCAACCAUGUGUAGUUAACUAGUGAUUAUGAUUGAUCGAUUGUUUUUUAUAAGAUAAGUUUAAUCCUAGCUAGCAUCUUACCUUGGCUUACUACAUUCGCGUAACAGGCAGUCUACUCGUGGAGUGCAAUUAGAGGCAGGUGGUUAGAGCAAUGGACUAGUUAACUGUAAGGUUGCAAGAUUGAAUCCCCCGAGCUGACAAGGUGAAAAUCUGUCUUUCUGCCGCUAUACGAGGCAGUUAACCCACCGUUCCUAGGCCGCCAUUGAAAAUAAGAAUGUGUUCUUAACUGACUUACCCAGUUGAAUAAAGAUUUAAUAAAGGUGUAAAAAAUAAUAAUAAAAAUCGGCUAAAUCGGCACCCAAAAAUACCGAUUUCCGAUUGUUAUGAAAACUUGAAAUCGGCCCAAAUUAAUCGGCCAUUCCAAUUAAAUCAGUCAACCUCUAGUCUGUUGUAUCAAAGGUGAUUUGUAGGAGCCAUGGCCCGUACCAAGCAGACAGCCUGUAAAUCUACUGGAGGCAAAGCCCCACGUAAGCAGCUGGCCACCAAAGCUGCCCGCAAGAGCGCCCCUUCUAUUGGUGGGGUCAAGAAGUCCCAUCGCUACAGGCCUGGGAAGGUGGCCCUGUGUGAGAUCCGUCGGUACCAGAAGUCCACUGAGCUGCUGAUCCGCAAACUGCCCUUCCAGCACUUGGUGAGAAAAAUUGCUCCGGACUUCAAGACUGACCUGCGUUUCCAGAGUGCAGCCAUUGGAGCCCUGCAGGAGCCCAGCGAGGUAUGCCUCGUUGGUUUGUUUGAGGACACCAACUUGUGCGCCAUCCAUGCCAAGCGUGUCACCAUCAUGACCAAAGACAUCCAACUGGCCCAUCGUAUCCGUGGGGAGCGCGCUUAGAUGCCUCUAAUUUACGUGUCCUCAGGCUGUCUUUCCCUCCCUUCCAACUUUUCCUUUUAAGUAGCUUGAUUUGAGCAAUGAUGUGUUAAAAGUAGUGUGCAGUCUUGUCCCCCUUAGUUCUCGUAGCAGAAGACUUUUAGGGUACUUUGUAUCAUGUAUCUGUUUUGAAGCUGAUUGGAGUCACAUCUUUAAUGUGUGUGCAAAUCGGCACAGCAAAGGGUGAAUGCAUGAAGCAUCUUGGGCAAGCAUUUUCUCCUAUUGACAAUGCUAUUACAUUAUUAUAACAGGCUUUUCUAAUUGAUAGACAUGCAUUGUUUGUUUUUUUACAUGUACCCUUUCAUUUGUUUUUUUACAACUAGUGUUUCUACUGUUUACAGGAUGCAUUUACAAAUAGUUAAUUCUGUUCUGAAAUUGAUAAAUGACAUCGAUUCAAAACAUAGUCAAAGGCCUAUAUAUAGUGUAAUGUUUGUGUAUUUCUCCCAUGUUUUAUCCAGGUACAAUUUUAGUUCCUUUCUCAGGUUGUGAUACACUUUUCUUACUGGUUUUGAUUUCCUGUUCAUUUUUUAAAAGUAGACAUUUGUAACAUCCAGAAUUCUCACAAAGGUGAUUGCCCUGAAAGUGUACUUGUCAGGCGUCAUGAUACAUCAGAAGUGUCCACUUACUUUGAGUGCUGAGGGGAUAGUGUGUCUUUUUUGUUUUUGGAUUGCAACCUAUGUAAUGGUCAUUGAGAUGCUUUGAAGCCAUCGGUCGGCCAUAUUGGCACUCACAGGUAGGAGCACUCAGUCAUAGGAAUGAUUGGAAUUCUACAUUUAAUUUAAAUACUGUUUCAAGGACAACAUUUUAUGUAUAUUCAGUGUUGUACUGAGGACAGUAACAUUAGUACUAAACAAAUAUAUAAUUUUAGGAAAUUGUUUAUUUGUUUCGCGCUCAAUGUGAAAGUAUGCAGGAAGGUGUCUAAUAGAAUGAACGUGUCAAAAACGAACAUAGAAAUUAAUAAAUGCAUUUCUAUUGCUUCCAAAAAUCUGUUUUACAAUUGAGGAGUACCAUGAUGACUGCGCAGUGACCUCAAUACUGCGCCCCUUCAGGCAUCCGGGGUUUAUACAAUUCAUUGGUUCAAACGAUAGCUAACUAGAAGGCUCACACUCAAGCUAACAAUGCUAAUCAUCGCUAACUGGCACAAGGUCAAAUACAUGGUAGAUAGCCAACAUUGUGUAAUAUUCCUGUUCCGGUCUAAAAUCCACAGUAACACUACACAUUGCUAUGAGGAGGAAUACCCACAAAAACAGACUACAUACAGGAAAAUGACACCUUAACUAACGUUAGCUAGGAAGCUAGCUAGCCUAGCCAACCAUUGCCUAUUUGCCCCUUGUCUUGUCUGCCUCUCUCUUCAAUGUCACAUCUCUUCACUCGGCUCUCGGAAACAUUGACAAAUCCAUUUUAGAUUACACAGCACAUAUGUAGCAUGUUUAUCUUCAUUAAAAACGAUAUAAUAUGUUCUAUUAUAGCUGUAUAUCAGACGUCUAAUAAUUUAGAAA